AGCACGCACGUGAGCCCUCCUAUCGCAACAACAAACAACGCAUCGUGGGUGUCUCGCGUUUCAGGUUCUAUAGUCUAGCGUCUAGCGUGCGCCCGCGACCGUCGAUUGACUUUUGUUUGUGCGCGAUCGGCUCAAAUGUCAACCGGCAGAGCCCACUUGGGUCUUCUUGUUUCGAUAUCGAAGCCGACGUCUAUCCGCUUCGGGUGAAGACUGCGUGUCGCAUAUCGCGAGGUACUACGCGUACUCUUUUCGGCUGUUAAAAUGUGUCAAAAUGGUUGACGCUGAACGCGAACGGGUCGAGGAGGGAAACUGCGAAGGCGACCUUGUCGAGUUGCCUCGGAAACCGUUUAUAAGGGGUUCCGAUCCGAGAGUGGCGACAUGCAGGGGGAAAUUGCAGAACAGACGUUCGAAACUGAACCAGGAGAUCAACAAGGAGCUGAGACUGAGAGCGGGCGCUGAGAAUUUGUUCAAAGCCACGACCAACCGCAAGUUAAGGGAAACCGUUGCCGUUGAACUGAGCUUCGUCAACUCGAACUUACAGCUGCUUAAAGAGCAGCUCGCCGAGCUCAAUUCAUCGGUGGAAUUGUAUCAAAACGACAGUGCCAACGCCGUGAUGCCUAUGAUCCCACUUGGUCUCAAAGAGACCAAAGAGAUCGAUUUCAGGGAUCCGUUCAAGGAUUUCAUCCUUGAGCACUACAGCGAGGAUGCGGCCAAGUAUGAAGACGCCAUCGCUGACUUCAUGGACACGAGACAAGCGAUUCGUACCCCAUUAAGAGACCAGACCGGCAUAGGUCUGCUCUUUAGGUACUACAACCAGCUCUAUUUCGUUGAGAGGCGGUUCUUUCCGCCCGACAGAUCUUUGGGAAUAUACUUCGAGUGGUUCGACUCGCUGACGGGUGUCCCGUCUUGUCAAAGGACCGUGGCGUUUGAAAAGGCCUGCGUGCUGUUUAAUAUGGGUGCGAUCUACACCCAAAUCGGCGCCAAACAGGACAGGUCCACAGCCAAAGGUUUGGACGCCGCCGUCGACAACUUCCUAAGGGCGGCCGGUACUUUCAGGUACAUCCACGAGAAUUUCACCAAUGCCCCGUCUAUGGAUUUGGGUCCGGAGAUGCUCGAGAUGUUCGUACAGCUCAUGCUGGCCCAAGCUAGGGAAUGCCUCCUGGAGAAGCUCCAACUCCAAUCGGAGGACAAACGUCCGGUAGACAUCUGCCUCGACCUUGCCCAGGAAGCGGCCGAACUUGCCGAAUGUUAUGCCCACGUCCACGAAAUGAUUUCUCACGAGUGCGUUCAUGACUACGUACCCUACAGCUGGGUGUCUCUGACCCAGGUCAAAAGGGAGUACUACACGGCUCUGGGUCACUGUCUGGUCGCUGCUGGUGUGCUGCACAAAGAAGCGGCCCGAAUGUCUUCGGCCACGAAGGAAACGUUGCAAUUUCUCCACGUACAGAGCGAGUCCACCCAACUGGACAUCAGGAGUCCCAAGGACGAAACCGAACGCAGGCUUCUAGGGAGAGCUCACCUAAGGGAAGCUCUCGUGCUCCAAGAGGAGUGCCAGAGGCAGCACAGGAUGUGCCGCGAGCUUAAGAGCAAGCACGCCCUCGCGGCUGUUCUGCGGAACGCCCACAAGAGGACGCUGCAGGCCUACACUGCAACCGAGACCGAGGACGACUUUAGCGACAUGCUGGACCCGCCCAGAGUUCAACCCGCCACUAAGUUCCAACUAUCGCUGACGCCGCCGGACUUUGCUCAGUACAGGGUGGUCGAUUUGUUUCGCAGCCUAGGCCCGAUCGCCAUAUUUUCGGCCAAACGUCACUGGACUGCCCCCCGACUGAUUCAGCUGCACAGGGGGCGGGGCAACGACGGGUUUGGCUUUUCGGUGAGGGGAGACGCUCCGGUAAUCAUCGCCAUAGUCGAGUCCGGGUCGCUGGCAGAGUUCGGGGGAGUGAAGGAAGGCGAUUUUAUAGUCAGCAUAGGGGACAAGGACGUGAAGUGGGCCUCCCACGACGAAGCAGUCGUGCUGAUUAAAUCAGCGGCUGAUUCGCUGAGCUUGAAACUUGUAACGCCAAUGGAUAGAAAUUAUUUGAAGGGUACCAAGUCGAACCAAAGCAAGGGUUCCGUAUCGACUCACAGCAGUUCCAGCGGCGUAUCGAGCGGGAUGUCAAGUCCUUCGGGUUCCAUGGCCCAGCACAACACCAACAACAUCAACAGCAAAAGAUCCAACUGGAACCCUUUCAGGAGGCACCAUUCGGCUUCUAGGGAGGGCAAGGAUUUUUUCGAAAACGUCAUCCUCAGAUAGACUCGUUCGGUAUAGCGUUUACGAUGAGACAUUCCGUUGAGAGUUUCGUUUUUGUUUUUUUUAAGGGUGUUUUCUGCCUCUCCCUUAGGCAAGGGAGGUCCAAACGUACUGCUAUUUAUACGAAACAGUUAAUGAAUUAUUUAUCCAAAAAUAGUGUUUAGUGUUAAAAAUUGCGGCCCUUGAGGGAUCGGCGCGUUAUCGUCAUUUUUUUAAUUUAUUGGAAAAUACCGUUUAUAGUGCUUUUUCUAUCUUUUGUUUCCUUUAUUAUAUCCGUUGUUAUAAUUUUGUUGUGUACAGUAAAUUAAAUUUAUAU